AUGAAUAAUCGAGAAUGGAAGAUUAAGAAUAUUUUUCAAUCCCUCACUUUUCCACGAGUUAUCUUAGACUUGAUCGUUUUGUCGAUGAAAAUAACUCUGGCAAUGAUUGUUGCAUCGUUCAAAGUCGUUAUACCUACCACUAUGAAGAGUUUAAUCGGAGAGACAGUUUUAAUUACCGGUGCUGGCCGUGGUAUUGGUCGAGAGCUAGCAAUUCAAUUAGGUUUAAUGGGUUGCAUAGUAAUUUGUUGGGACGUAGAUAUAAAUGCCAAUCGAUCGACGAUAUCUGCUGUAUCAAAAAAUGGUGGAGAGGUUAUAAUAUUUUCAAAAGUUCUUGAAACACAAUUGAAGAUAUCGAAUACAAAGAAAUUGUUUAGGUCUACGGUUUCGUUGUUGACGUUUCGAAGAGAUCGGAAGUAUGUGAAACGAUAA